CCACAUAAAAAAAAAAAAAAAGUUUCCUCGAUUAGUUGAUCUGCUGCUGGUCUCAAAAUCUCUCUCCAAAGAUCUCGAGUUAGAGAGAGAGAGAUGCAUUGAAAAAAAGGCAGAGACUUUUCCUGUUUCGUGUCACAGUAAAAGGAACCUCGAGAUGUGUUGAGAGCUUAUCAUUGUUGGGAUUCUCCGGUUGAUUGAUUUUGUCGGUAGGGUACUCUUUUGUUUUAAUUUGAAUUCUCGAGGGACUUAAGCUUCGGAGAUGAGUGGGUGUUUGCCUUGCUUUGGAUCUUCGGCUAAAGACGCUGCUUCUAAAGAUUCUGUGAAGAAAGAAGCUUCAGCUAAAGCUAAAGACGCCUCUCUUACUCAGUCUCACCAUGUCAGCUUAGACAAAUCAAAAUCUAAAGGAGGUUCUGAACAAAAGAAGGAGCUAACCGCUCCAAAGGAAGGGCCAACCGCUCACAUCGCUGCACAAACGUUUACCUUCCGUGAGUUAGCUGCCGCCACUAAGAAUUUUCGACCGGAUUGUCUUCUUGGAGAAGGAGGUUUCGGACGGGUUUACAAGGGUCGUCUAGAGACCACAGGACAGAUAGUAGCUGUUAAACAGCUGGACAGAAACGGUCUACAAGGAAACAGAGAGUUUCUUGUAGAGGUUCUUAUGCUGAGCCUUCUCCAUCAUACCAAUCUUGUGAAUUUGAUUGGUUAUUGCGCUGAUGGUGACCAACGUCUUCUUGUCUACGAGUAUAUGCCACUAGGAUCGUUGGAAGAUCAUCUACACGAUCUUCCACCGGAUAAAGAGCCUCUAGACUGGAACACGAGAAUGACAAUAGCAGCAGGAGCAGCCAAGGGACUGGAGUAUUUGCAUGACAAGGCUAACCCUCCUGUGAUCUACAGAGACUUGAAGUCAUCUAAUAUCCUUCUCGGCGAUGGCUAUCACCCAAAGUUAUCUGAUUUCGGGUUAGCUAAGUUAGGUCCUGUUGGGGACAAAACACACGUCUCAACACGUGUGAUGGGCACAUAUGGCUAUUGUGCACCUGAAUACGCUAUGACAGGGCAGCUCACGUUGAAGUCUGAUGUCUAUAGCUUUGGAGUUGUGUUUUUGGAGCUUAUCACUGGUCGGAAAGCUAUUGAUAACGCUCGAGCACACGGAGAGCACAACCUCGUCGCAUGGGCUAGGCCGUUGUUUAAAGAUCGUAGGAAGUUUCCAAAGAUGGCAGAUCCAUCACUGCAAGGGAGGUAUCCAAUGCGAGGUCUGUAUCAAGCGCUUGCUGUUGCAGCAAUGUGUUUGCAGGAACAAGCAGCUACAAGACCACUGAUAGGCGACGUGGUGACAGCUCUAACGUACCUAGCUUCUCAAACGUUUGAUCCUAACGCGGCAAGCAGUCAAAACAGUAGAAGCGGUGGUGGGGGGCCGCCGUUUAUCAGGACGAGGGAUGAGCGGAGAAGCAUGGGAGAUGGGAGUAGCUUGGAUAGUCCUGCGGAGACACGCAGCAGGUUAGGGUCACCAGCGACUCACAAGAACUCUCCAGACUACAGAAGAAGGGAUAUGGUGAGGGAAGUGAAUGCAGGAUCAGAGGCAGGGAGCGAGAAUGGAGGAGGGUCAGGGAGGAAAUGGGGGUUGAGCGAUGUGGAAGGGACAGAGUCACAGAGAGGGAGUCCAGCGAGUGUUGGGAGGGGAACGAGAGGGACUCCAAGGAACCGUGAUUUGGAUAGAGAGAGGGCUGUGGCGGAGGCUAAGGUGUGGGGAGAGAAUUGGAGGGAGAGGAAAAGAGGUAUCAAUGGACCUGGCAGCUUUGAUAGUUCAAAUGAUUAAAAAAGCUUUGUAUGUUUGAAAAGGUUUAGAUAAAUUGUCUUUAUGGGAAGAGGCGAAGGAAGAGAGGGUUCUUAUGAAACAUUUGUUGAGUCUGGUCGGGUCGGUCAGUUGUCGGAUUUGAUGUCUGAGUCAGAAGAGAGGCUCUUCAAUAUCGUGGUUGAAGCUCAAGAACAUGAUGCGAAUGAUGAGAGAUUGGGCAACUAGGAGGGGAUGAAAAAAGGGUUGUUUUUUCAAGUCGUUUUGGUUUCUUUUUUAAACGGGUUGUUGUAUAUGUAAUAUGGGAGGGAGAAUUUGAGUCGAUUCUGAUGUUGUACUAUUUUUACUGUAUCAUGUGUUCUGUUCUGUC